GUUGCACCACAGUGAGGCUUCAGCUCCGACGAGCACUGACACUGGAAGAGCGGAAUUGGCUAGUGUAUUUAAAACGUUUUAGAUCGUGAAAUACUUUCAUGAACAGUUUGUAUUGUAUUCAUUACAACCAUCAGUCUUUGUUUAUUAUACGUGUGCAAUAAUAUUUUAAGUUAAUCCUCAAAAGGUUUUACAAGCAAAAUCUUAACCCCGAAAUAAUGCCGUUCCAUUGCUAGUUACCCAUUGCUCAAUUACCUAGUUGGCAAGCUUAAGCAAUUGGACUGUACAAUUUAGUGUAUUGAAAUUUACUGAUGCAGUUAAUUUGUUAUGUUGGCCCAAUGCAUUCGAAUUUUGCACUCUGCAGAAGCUUGUCUUUUAAGCUUAAAGUAUUGUUGUAACGUUAGUAGUCGGCAUUAUUGUACUCUAAACAACGUAAUUUCUGAAAAGAACAUUAAACGGUUCAUUGUUGAAAACACCGAGGUGGUGAAUGGUGGUAACCUGACCCCAGAAAUCCGUUUAAGAUUGUUUACCCCAAAUUGUCGUUUCUGGCACGCAAGACCAGAGCUAUGGCCGUUCACAGACCCGUACUGGGCGAUUUACUGGCCUGGUGGACAAGCACUUGCAAGGUACGUGUUAAAUAACCCGGGAGUUACAAACAACAUGAAGGUGCUGGAUCUCGGGAGUGGAUGUGGGGCUUCAGCUAUUGCUGCCAAAAUGAGUGGCUCUGCUUAUGUCCUGGCUAAUGACAUUGACCCAGCGAGUGUGGCGGGUGGGGAGACAUGCAGCUUCUUCCUCUCGAUUUCAGUUGCGGCCAUCGCCGCCAAGUUGAACUGCGAGCUGAACGGCCUGGCGCCCUUACCUUCCGCGACGGAGGACCUGAUCGGUCUGGAGCCGGGGAGGUGGGACCUCGUCCUGCUGGGGGACAUGUUCUACGACGAGGCUCUGGCCGAUGGCCUGCACGCCUGGCUCCGUCGCUGCGUCCGGACUCACGGCACGCGGGUUCUGGUCGGAGACCCCGGGCGGGCCCACCUGGAGAGCCACAGCGUGAAGACACGGCUGCGUCCGCUGGCCCGCUACCAGCUGCCAGAGUCUGUGAGGGAGGAGAACUACGGUCUGACCACUAGCACGGUGUGGCUCUACCAGCCUGAGCUGUGAUGUAGUCCCCUUACUGAGGACCAGGCUCCAGAGUUACUUGUAAAUGGUAAAUGGUUAGCAUUUAUGUAGCGCCUUUAUCCAAAGUGCUGUACAACUGAUGCUACUCAUUCACACAUACACUCACACACCAGUGGCGAUUGGCUGCCAUGCAAGGCGCCAACCAGCUCGUCAGGAGCAAUUGGGGGUUAGGUGUCUUGCUCAGGGACAUUUCGACACACCCAGGGCGGGAUCGAACCGGCAACCCUCUGACUGGAAAGAACAAUAGAACAAUGAUAGGACAAUGACCCUCGGCUGUCAUGUGGACGGUCCAUGUUUAUGACUCUGAGUUUUCCAAGUCUAUUACCAUGAAGCUCACGCAAAAAUGUGUUUCAUAAUACUGCAGUGGGAAGUAAUGAAGUAACUAAGUCAAGAUAAUUAAGUAAAAUUCAGCAAGUACAAGUAAGGAAAAGUAAAUAAUAGAAUGGAAAAGAAUAUAUUGACAAAAGAGACUAUUAAAGUGUAUGCGUAUGUGA